AUGAUGUUGUUAUUUUCUAUCUUCGCCCUUUGCUGGGCAUCACUUUUCCCUGCUGUCGCCGCGGCAGCAGUAGGAGAUGUUGCUCUUCAUACUCGUGAUGGCGACGCAGAUACUGUAGAUGCAGUAGCGAAAGCUCUACGUGCGGCGAGAGAUAGCACGUAUUCAAUGAAUCAGACGUCGUUGGCAAAGAGCUGGGCCAAUGCGACGCUUUUCUCAGCUGGUAUAAGCGGUAGCCGCAGUGCCGGGCAAAAUGGAACACUGACUGCUGACGCUAGCAUUGAACUUAUUUGCACGGCUUGCUACAUAAAUGGCUCUGUGAAAGGCUCAUUGACCAUAAGCGACGACUUUAAUCUCACUCAGGCCAUCCACAACGUGGAGGGUGAGGUGGAAAAUGCCACAAUCUCUGCAGUGGACACGCUAGGAAGCUACGUCGAGACAGUACUUGAAGAUAUCGCUACGCUUGACUUGGCGAAAAUUCCAGCCUGGCCCACGUUGGAUAUCGACUUCAAUCUUGCCAAUCUAAGCAGCCUUCCCAGCGUGAAUGGACGGUUUGAGUUCGACGCGCUCGAGCUAUAUCUCGACCUAGAACUCAAGAUGAACGCCGGAGCGACCUACACUUUAAACCUCUUCACGUCUGAGACAGAGGCUGGGUUCUCAAUCCCAAACUUGGAAGCCGGCGCCAUCUUCAGCGUUACGCUUAUUCUUAUAUCCAAGGCUGAGGUUGAUAUCAGCGGCGGUAUCCACCUAAAAUUAGAUGACGGUCUCGCCCUCGAUCUGGAGCUGUUCAAUCAAAAUACAUCUGGAAUCACACUUCCUGGCGCACAAUUUGAGUUCCUUCCUAUCACUAUCGAGGGCCAGGGGUCCAUCCAGGCAUUACUCCAGUUGGAAACCCGCCUUGGUUUUCGUGUCUCUUCCCCGGAACUUGCAUCGUUGUUUUCCGCCAGCACCGGGGUUGAGGCCAACCUAUUUGCGUAUGUCGCAGACUUCCUUGUCGAAGUCGAUGGAUCCUCGACCGAUGACUGCGAAAUAGCUGCUGUCGCCGAGUACACCCUUGCAGUUGGCGGUGCUGCAGGGGCAACCGUCGCCAUUGACACAUACCAAUGGGGCCCAAGUCCGAACACAACGACUCCCAUUUGGUAUACGACCCUGGCGAGUAUCUGUGCCAAUAGCAAGACUGCUAGUACCACGUCAACUUCGGCCACGGCAGUAGAUGUCACUGCUCGAGCAGCCUUGCAGCCUCGAGACACACCUGUUACAACUACUGUCUCAACAACGGAAUCCUAUACCAUCGUCAACUGUCUGUCGACAGGACUGAUUAACUGCCCAAUUAACUUGCAGAGCACUACUACGGUCAAGCAGACGUUGACUUCGGUUCUCACAGUGCCAUCUGGUUCCUCGGCCACGUAUCCUGCUAGUACGCAUGCAUCUGUCACAAGUGCAAUCGCCUUUGGAUCGAAUGUCUUCUCCAUAGCUCCAACUAGCGGCACGCCGACCUCUUAUACCCCGCCCAAGCCUACAUCCUCUAGUAGUGGUGGGACGGGCGGCGGUAGCGGUAGCAGCGACGGUGGUAGCGGUGGAGGAGGAGGGCUUUCUCAUCGUGAUAAGUUAAUUAUUGGGUUAACAGUUGGGUUGGGCGUGCCUUUCUUGGCCAUAGUAAUUGCUGGACUGUGGUUGAUUUUUAAACGCAAAAAUUCUUCGCCAGUCCCGCAGCCAGAGACGAGCGUGAGCAACACCUCUUUUCCCAGUUCUGACAUUGGAAAUAAUAAAACCCCACCUUUGAACACUUACCCAGCCACUUGA